AGACCACUCACUCACUUAUUUACCUACUACUGUAGUCUUUUACAUAAAUUUUUCUACCCUAAACCCAACACGAAUCCGAAAAAUUCUCAUUUAUAUAUGGAUCAUUUCUUCUCGUACUCCAGCUCAUCUUACUCGGCCCCACCUCAGGAUCCAUACCAGUACUCAGGUCAUCCGCAAUCCACCUUCACCACAGGCAAUGCCAGCGGCUUUGGCAAUGACAAUGACCAACCCAUUCAUAUUCCAGAUGAAGAAAUGUCACUAGCUUCUAGUAACCCGAAGAAACGUGGUGGAAGGAAGAAGGUUCAGGAGACGCGCCACCCUGUGUACCGAGGAGUGAGGCGUAGGAAUCCUGACAAGUGGGUUUCCGAAGUCAGAGAGCCAAACAAAGAAUCUCGAAUAUGGCUUGGAACUUUCCCUACUGCUGAAAUGGCUGCCCGGGCUCAUGAUGUCGCGGUCAUUGCACUCAGAGGUCAGAAUGCCUGCCUUAACUUUGCUGAUUCUACUUGGAGAUUGCCAGUUCCUGCUUCUUCUGAUCCCAAGGACAUUCAGAAAGCCGCGGCUGAGGCAGCAGAGGCCUUCAGGCCGCAAGAGAAUCACAAUUCAGAGGACAGAAGUAUUCCAGAGGAGACGCAGGAAUUGCAAGAAAAUCAUGAGGGGUCGUAUUUGGAUGAAGAGGCCAUGUUUGCAACGCCUGAGUACAUGAACAAUAUGGCGCAGGGGAUGAUGCUUCCUCCCCCUCAAUUCGCGCAGAGUGACAUGUACUACGGGAAUGAUGACAUGGAUUAUGUUACUGACAUGUCACUCUGGAAUUAUUGAAAAAAAGGAGAACUUGCAAAAAUACUAAUAUUUUAAUAUUUAUUUCAAAAAAUACGGUCGAAGUUGCAACUGAGAUUAUACCACAGUUGAUUUUCAAGUCACCGGCGUUGGAAACUAGGUUCCACAGUACACCAUCGUCUGUAUAUGUAAUGUCAUAUGACUAGGGGAUUUGCCAGUUUUGGUUCUGCUACAUUUGGUUUGAGCUUGCCUGUACUUCAUCCUUAACUGAUGUGUAAUAUUCGCUUAUUUGAUUUGA